AUGGAUUCCUGUGAUUGCAUAGACGCACAAUGGCCCCCUGAUGAGCUUCUGGUGAAAUAUCAGUACAUCUCUGAUGUCUUUAUUGCCCUCGCCUAUUUCUCCAUUCCCUUGGAGCUUAUAUAUUUUGUGCAAAAAUCCUCUUUCUUCCCAUAUAGAUGGGUGCUGAUGCAGUUUGGUGCUUUUAUUGUUCUUUGUGGAGCAACCCAUUUCAUAAAUGUCUGGACAUUCUAUAUGCACUCCAAAACUGUGGCUGUGGUCAUGACUGUUGCAAAGGUUUCCUGUGCUGUUGUAUCAUGUGCUACUGCUUUAAUGCUUGUUCAUAUUAUUCCGGAUUUACUAAGCGUCAAAACUCGGGAGCUGUUUCUCAAAAACAGGGCUGAAGAGCUUGACAGGGAGAUGGGCCGUAUGCUAACUCAGGAAGAAACAGGAAGGCAUGUUAGAAUGCUCACUCAUGAAAUUAGAAGCACAUUGGACAGGCACACUAUACUCAAAACCACUCUUGUUGAGCUGGGUAGGACUUUAGGCCUCCAGGAAUGUGCUUUGUGGAUGCCGUCCAGAACUGGUAUGAACCUACAGCUUUCUCAUACUCUGAACUAUCAAAUACAAGUUGGUUCUACUGUGCCAAUAAACCUUCCUAUAGUCAAUGAAGUCUUCGCUAGUUCUCGAGCAAUUCGUAUACCAUACACCUGCCCACUGGCCAGGAUCAGACCGCUUGUCGGGAGAUAUGUUCCACCUGAGGUUGUUGCUCUGCGGGUACCCCUAUUAAAUCUUUCGAAUUUCCAAAUCAAUGACUGGCCUGAUCUCUCUGCCAAAAGCUACGCAAUCAUGGUUCUGAUUCUACCCACAGAUAGCACCAGAAAGUGGCGAGACCAUGAACUGGAACUGGUUGAUGUUGUUGCAGAUCAGGUAGCUGUUGCUCUUUCACAUGCUGCUAUUCUGGAAGAGUCCAUGCGAGCUCGUGAUCAGCUCAUGGAGCAGAACGUUGCUUUAGAUUUAGCACGGAGAGAAGCAGAGAUGGCAAUCCAUGCUCGCAAUGAUUUCCUUGCUGUCAUGAACCAUGAAAUGAGGACACCAAUGCAUGCAAUUAUUGCACUGUCUUCUCUACUGUUAGAGACAGAACUGAAUUCAGAACAAAGAGUUAUGAUAGAGACAGUACUAAAGAGUAGCAACCUUUUGGAAACACUUAUUAAUGACGUUCUUGAUCUUUCUAGACUUGAAGAUGGCAGCCUAGAGUUAGACAUUAGAAAGUUUAACCUCCAUGGAGUUUUCAGAGAGGUAAUCAAUUUGAUACAGCCCAUCACAUCUGUGAAGAAGUUGUCUAUGAGUUUGAUUCUAUCCCCAGAUCUACCUGUGUGUGCUGUUGGAGAUGAGAAUCGGCUUAUGCAAACUAUUCUAAAUGUUGCUGGUAAUGCUGUGAAGUUUACAAAGGAGGGAUAUAUUUCAAUUGUAGCAUCUGUGGCAAAACCGGAAUCUUCAAGAGACUGGCGACCACCUGAAUUUUAUCCAGCAUCCACUGAUGGCCACUUUUACCUGCGAGUUCAGGUUAAGGAUUCUGGCUGUGGUAUUCUCCCACAAGAUAUUCCUCAUCUUUUCACCAAAUUUUCUCAACCCAGAAGUGGAUCCAAUCGAAUAAAUGAUGGUGCUGGACUUGGACUUGCCAUUUGUAGACGGUUUGUAAACACCAUGGGAGGUCACAUCUGGAUUGAGAGUGAGGGCAUUGACAAGGGGAGCAUUGUUGCAUUCAUUGUCAAGCUUGGGAUAUGCGACAAUCCUUGUGAUACAACAGCAGCACACCAAAUGGCACCUCAACCACUACCACAACCACAACCACAACCAAAUUAUGGCAGUGGAGAUCUCAUUGCGCACAGACCAACUUUCAGCUUUAGGGAUGGUUGUUACACCUCAUCAAAUCCACGCUAUCAAAGAAGUGUUUGA